UAUAAACAAAGAGAUAAUAAUGCAUUUAUUAGACGGAGUUUUUCUUCAGGAACUCACGAUACAAAAUUGCAGUUUAUACGAAUUGCCUGAACAUUUUAAUAAUUUAACUGAAGAGUUGAUAAAACUGGAUCUAAGUCAUAAUUAUCUACGUUUUGUGCCUUUUGCGACUAAGAGAAAGGAAUCGUCUGUAUUCAAAAAUUUAGAAACUAUGGAUCUAUCUUACAACCAGCUGGAAGACAGCGCGUCUGUCAUGUGCACAGCCGCGUUGAUGCCUCGACUGCGUGACAUGAUCUUGGAUUAUAAUUUUCCUUUGGAUAUCUGCAACUCUAAUUACUGUAAUGAUCAAUCAACUAAGCCAAAAGAGCAACUAUGGAUGGUAUUUCCGGAACUUAAAAAUAUAUCGGCUAGUUUUACAAACACUUCAAGGUUAUGUUUUGGUCUCAUGAAAAGCGCGAGUUUGGUUGUUUUUAACAUUAGCUAUAGUAAUGUCUCUACACUAUCGUUGCAGGAAUUACCAGCAUUUACUGCACCAAAUUUUACCAUGGAUCUACGUGAAAAUAAUAUAACCGAUAUCGAAUUCUUUGACAAAAAUGCGUACGAUGCAAUGAACUCGAGAUUUGCAAAACACAACACGAAAACGACAGUUUUAGCUAAUGUGAAGCAUCUGCAAUGCGAUUGCCAAUAUUUAUGGUUACAGAAAACGUUAAAUGACAUCUCAAACCUGGAACUACAAGAUAUAUGGUUUUGCAACUGCUAA